CUUAAUGACCAUCAAACAACCCUCAUCAAAAGCUCACAACGGUCAACAGCUUGAAACAAAAAGAAUUCCAAACAUAAAGAAGACUCACAGUAAGAAUUUCUAAAAGGAAACAACAGCAGGAUGGAUGAAGAGUACGACUACGUUGUCUUAGGCACCGGCUUGACGGAAUGCAUUUUGUCCGGUUUGCUUUCCGUCGAUGGAAAGAAAGUAUUACACAUGGACAGGAAUGACUACUAUGGUGCAGAAUCUGCUUCUCUGAAUCUCACCCAGCUCUAUCGAAAGUUCCGCCCCGGCCAAGAGCCGCCCGCCGAGUUAGGUCGAGACAGGGAUUGGGCUAUUGAUCUGGUCCCCAAAUUCAUGAUGACCAACGGAGAGCUCACUAAUAUCCUAGUGCACACUGACGUCACCCGUUACCUCGAAUUCAAACAGAUUGCUGGCUCGUAUGUACUUGCAGCUGGCAAAGUGGCCAAGGUACCUUCCAGUGAAGUCGAGGCAGUUACAUCUCCUCUCAUGGGGAUCUUUGAAAAAAGAAGGGCGAAGAAGUUCUUGGAAUGGGUAGCUAACUACAAUGUUAGCGAUCCAUCUACCCAUCAAGGUAUCUCCAUGGAGAACACAACGAUGCAAGAGGUUUACGCCAAGUUUUCUCUGGAAUCGGCAACCCAAGAUUUCAUUGGACAUGCAUUAGCUCUUCAUUCCGAUGAAUCAUACAAGACCCGGCCCGUCAAGGAAACACAUGAGCGCAUCAUGCUUUAUACCAAGUCUCUUGCUCGGUACGGCAAGUCGCCAUACAUCUACCCUCUGUACGGCUUGGGUGAACUUCCUCAGGGAUUCGCCAGACUGUCCGCCAUCUAUGGGGGAACGUAUAUGCUUGACAAGCCAAUCGACGAGAUCAUUUACGACAGUGAAGGCAAGGUCUCGGGCGUAAGGAGUGGUUCAGAGACCGUGAAGGCAAAAAAAGUCAUCGGUGAUCCGAGUUACUUCUUGGGCGGUAAUGGAGAGAAGGUCGUUGAGCAGGGCAAAGUAGUCCGUUCAAUCUGCUUGCUCAAACACCCUGUCCCUCACACAGAUGACAGCGAUUCUUUGCAACUGGUUGUUCCUCAAGCUCAAGUUGGUCGAAAACAUGAUAUCUACAUCGCCGCAAUUUCCUCAACCCACAAUGUUUGUGCUAAGGAUUACUAUGUGGCAAUUGUUUCGACUAUCGUUGAAACUUCGACUCCUGAGCUCGAGCUAGAUGCAGCUUACAAACUUAUUGGCCCCAUCCACGACAAAUUUGUAACUGUCAGUCCGAUCUACGCUCCAGCAGCUUCCGGGCAACAGGACAACGUGUUCAUUACUCGGUCCUAUGAUGCCACCAGUCAUUUCGAAACUGUCACUGACGAUGUCAAAGACGUAUGGCGCCGAGCUGUGGGUGGAGAAAUCGUGCUCAAGAAGCGCGAAGCAGGUGAUGGAGGUCUUGAAGCCCAAGCAUAACCAACAUCUACCAUGGUUUAUCUAUUGGUGUUUUGUUUAAUUCUUCUCAACAUUCAAAAAGACAACAGAAACAAAAAUCCUUAUGCCUGUUGUGUCCACUAGAUUCAUGCCUUGGCAAGUUUUGUUUCAGUGGUAACAGUGCAAACUGGCAAAGAAUAGAAGCAGGAAAAAUCCUAAGCAGUUGCUCACUGUUGUUUGUUGUUUGCUAUUUGCUUUUUUUCUUUCCUUUCCUUCCCCACCUUGUCCUACUCCCCUUGAUGUUUUGCUAGAUUAUAGCCACUCAGAAAUCAGUUUUUUUUUGUUUGUUUGUUUGUGUUCAUGAGAAUAAUUGAAUCCAUCAGGUUUUAGACAAUCUAUAUUGUUCUGUAGAUCUAAUCCUGAUUGAUGUUUUUCUUUUCUUCAACUAUGUAAUAUGUAGUUGCAGAUCCAAUCUCACUGUAAUUAAAAACUUUCAACUUUAAA